UAGUCUAAAUGUCAUUGACACGGCACAUCAGUCGGGCUCGAUUGCAUGGAGCCUGGGUAUCGCAAUAAAAAGCUUUAGAACGCCGCGCAAGCGGUAAUUACGGCUGAACCUUCGAAACAUUCGGUCGCCACAUGUGUUAAAUGCAAUAUUAUCACAAAAACGCGACAAAAAACAUUUUAAACGGCGAAUGUUUGAUAAAAAUCGUCGAUCGAAUCAGCGUCCGUGAAACAUUGUACAUUAAUUAAAUGUAUAUGUAGUUGUAGUACUGAAAACUCUUGUGUGGAGUUUUAAAUACUUCCGUGGUGUGUCGUGUGUGCAUUCGCGAGUGUGUUGCGUGUCCAGAAACAUGGUUAUCGAGAAGAUAUGUUGUUUGGGAGCGGGGUAUGUCGGCGGGCCAACUUGCAGUGUGAUCGCGCUGAAAUGUCCAAAUAUCCAAGUGACAGUAUGUGACAAGUCAGUAGACAGGAUAAAUCAGUGGAAUUCUGAUAAACUGCCGAUAUACGAGCCUGGUUUGGACGAUGUAGUGCGGCAGUGUCGCGGUAAGAAUCUGUUCUUUUCAACUGACAUCGCUAAGGGCAUUCGGGAGGCUGACUUGAUUUUUAUAUCCGUCAAUACGCCCACUAAAACGUUUGGUAACGGUAAGGGCAGGGCCGCUGACCUCAAGUAUGUGGAGAGUGCAGCCCGAAUGAUCGCUGACCUGGCUACAAGCAACAAGAUUGUUGUGGAAAAGAGUACUGUUCCUGUGAAAGCCGCUGAAAUCAUCAUGAAGAUACUGCGAGCUAAUACUAAACCAGGUGUAGAGUAUCAGAUCCUGUCUAACCCCGAGUUCUUGGCUGAAGGAACAGCUAUAGUGGACCUGGUUGAGGCCGAGAGAGUGCUAAUCGGCGGAGAAGACACUCCGGAGGGCCAGAAAGCCAUCCAAGAACUGUGCUGGGUAUAUGAGCACUGGAUUCCGGCGAAAAACAUCCUUACUACCAACACUUGGAGUUCGGAAUUGUCUAAGUUAGCUGCUAAUGCGUUCCUUGCGCAGAGGAUUUCAAGUAUCAACUCUUUAUCAGCCGUUUGUGAGGCUACCGGUGCAGAUGUGUCUGAGGUAGCCAGGGCAGUUGGCCGAGACUCACGUAUUGGACCGAAAUUCCUUGAAGCGUCCAUUGGUUUUGGAGGCAGCUGCUUCCAAAAAGACAUUUUGAACCUUAUCUAUCUCUGUGAGUGUUUAAAUUUGCCCGAAGUUGCUGCAUACUGGCAACAAGUAUUAAGCCUGAACGACUAUCAGAAGACUAGAUUCACUAGGAAAGUCAUCGAAUCACUAUUCAACACGGUAUCGGAUAAAAACAUUGCGAUACUAGGCUUUUCGUUUAAGAAAAACACAGGUGACACACGUGAGUCUCCGGCUAUUCACGUUUCAAAGACUUUACUUGACGAGGGAGCAAAACUCCACAUCUACGACCCUAAAGUAGAACCGGACCAGAUUUUCUAUGAACUAACAAGUCCGUAUUUGACUUCGGAGCCAGAGAUUGUGAAGAAGAAUGUGGAGAUCCAUGACACAGCGUACUCCGCUGUUACGGGGGCCCAUGCUAUAGUUCUGUGUACCGAAUGGGAUGAGUUCAAGGUACUGGACUUUAAGAAAAUCUAUGAAGUAAUGAUGAAGCCUGCAUACAUAUUUGAUGGUCGGAAGAUUUUGAACCAUGAAGCGCUGCAGAACAUUGGUUUCCAUGUGCAGACUAUUGGCAAGAGGCUGAGCCGAGUCGGCAGCAUACGAGCACAGGGGAGCCAGACGAUGCCCUGAUAUACGGAAUUGGAGCGAGUUCUGAUGGAAAGCUCAGUGGAGGUGCGAAGACCAGUAGAGCUGAGGCAAAGGUGGAAUGCUAAGGAAUUUAUAUUUGAUAAGUUUAAAAGGAUAGUUUUAUUUUUGUGGCACAACCAUAUGGAAGAAGUUAUACUGUAUCCAUUUCUCAUUUACAUAUAUUAUAUUGGUGUAUAUAAUGCCCCUUACUAUUCUAUGAAGUAAUUUAUUUAGGACUUACUGCCUCACUCAGUCAUUUAAUGAUUACUUACUAUAUUUAUUAUUAUUGACUGCACGGUUGGCGCGGUGGGUGGGCAACUGGCUGCCGUGCAACGUGUCGCGGAUUCGAUUCCCGCACGGAACAACUCUUUGUGUGAUCCACAGAUUGUUGUUUCGGGUCUGGGUGUCAUGUGUAUGUGAAAUUGUAUGUUUGUAAACGCACCCACGAUAC